UCAAGGCACCUUUUUAAAGGCAUGAGUGAAGUUAGUAACAGAAGUGACUAUAUUGAGGUUUGCAGGAAGGUGUUUGGAGUGUGUUAGGAGACUUAGUCCUUCACAAUGUGUGAGCCAUUUUUGGGAACUUGGAAACUAAUUUCAAGUGAAAAGUUUGAUGACUACAUGAAGGAGCUGGGUGUGGGCUUUGCCACUAGGAAAAUAGCUGGAGUGGCCAAGCCCAAUGUAAUUAUCACCUGCAGUGGGGGUGUUAUAACCAUCAAGUCAGAAAGCAGUUUCAAAAACACUGAGAUUUCCUUCAAACUAGAAGAAGAAUUUGAUGAGACCACAGCAGAUGACAGAAAAGUAAAGAGUAUUGUGACACUAGACAAUGGCUCACUCAAUCAGGUGCAGAAGUGGGAUGGCAAAGAGACAAUAAUAAAAAGAAAAAUAGAGGAUGGAAAAAUGGUUGUGGAGUGUGUUAUGAACAAAACUGUCUCCACUAGAGUGUAUGAGAAAGCAUGAAAAAUCCAUGUUGUACAAAUUAGAAGUAUCUCGAAACAAAAUAUGAUUCAGGGAGCAGAGCCUGUUCUUCAGAAGCUGAAUUUGACAGCCCAACUCCCAAUUACUUUUGUACCUAAUUCAAAAUAUUUUGGUUAUUCAAUAAAGUGUUUACCUUGAAAUGAAAAA